ACCGUCAUUCGCAGCCUGCUUCUCGGUAAGCGACACCCCUUUUUCUCGGUGUCGUCCAACUGAGCCACAACACGUCGACUUUAUCUCAGCAGUGGCUUUCGCCGACGCUUAGAUUUAAGGCCGGUGAGUCGGUGAAUAGGGAGUUUCAGCGGGGAGCAACAUGCGCUCCUUAGUGGGUCUUGGUGCCAUUGUGGCGGCGGCGAGCUUCUACCUCUACCUGCUGUCCACGCAUCUUCCCCCGGGACCGAAGCUGGUCCAGCCGGCCUCCGAGGGGGAAGACGAGGCAGUCCAGGAGCAGGAGUUCAGGCUGAAGUUCCCUUCAGACCUGGACGAGCUGCGGGAUCUGGCAGAGAUGCUCAAGUAUUACAAAAGAGAACACCAUGGCUACGUCCUGCUGCUUUUCUGUAGCGCCUACCUGUACAAACAGUCCUUCGCCAUACCUGGCUCCUCCUUUCUGAACAUGCUGGCCGGUGCCAUAUUCGGGCCCUGGGAGGGUCUGGUGUUGGCCUGCAUGCUCACCACGUCAGGCUCCACAUUCUGCUUCCUGUUAUCUUCAGCAUUUGGGAAGCAGCAUGUGGUUCAGUUCUUCCCUGAGAAGGUGGCCCUGCUCCAGAGGAAGGUUGAGGAGAAUCGUAGCAGUUUAUUCUUCUUCCUUCUUUUCCUUCGUUUCUUCCCUAUGACUCCUAACUGGUUCCUUAACAUCACCUGUCCUGUCCUCAACAUCCCUAUGCCCAUUUUCUUCUUCUCCGUGCUGAUAGGUUUGAUCCCCUACAACUUCAUCUGUGUUCGCACCGGGUCCAUCCUCUCACAGAUCCACUCCCUGGAUGACAUCUUCUCCUGGGGGACGCUGGCUCAGCUCCUGGCCAUCGCGCUCAUGGCUCUCGUGCCCGGAGCGCUAAUCAAAUACUACGGCAAAUCUCACCUCAAGGUGGAAGGCAUGGAGAGCAACGGAACCAGUCAGGUGGAGGUCAAGAAGGAUCGAAAGAGACGAUGAUUGUGGACCUAAAUGACACUUCGUGACAGAAGAACUGAGCAGGGAAAUAAUUCCUCGCUGGUAGGAAUGUGACCUUUAUCCGCACCAUCUUUGAUAUUUCUGUGAGGUCACACCAGAGGCUCCUCUGAUCAUGGUACACUACAUUUAAAAAAACCCAGCUUCCCAAAGAACUCUCACUGUUAGUACUAAGGUUUAGCUUUCAGAAAUGCCUUGGGCUACCUUAAAAGUCACUGAGAUUGAAUGGUUGUUUUAGAAAGGGCUGAAUAUUUCACAUCCUGGGAAAUACUGUCAUUAGUUUUUGUAUUUCAGCAGUUUUAAUCAAACUGAAUUUAUAUGAGAUCGUUAUUCAUGCACAAUACAGCUGCAACUAAUAAUCCUUUUCAUUAUUUAUCUGCACAAUAUUUAAUUAACUGAUUCAGUGUUUUACCUAAAAAUCUGUAUCCUGAGACUCAAAAUGGUGGAAGUCAGUUGCUCGUUUCCUUUGACCAGUGCUCCAAAAUUUACAAAUGUUCAGAUUAUAAUGAUUGAUGAUUACUUGAAAAAUCACUUAAAGGUUACUUCAGCAAUCACUAUGAUGCUUGAAUAACUUUUCUUUUGACUUCCCAUGUUUAAUUACCCCCAAAACACUGAUUCUGUUUAGAAUAACCCUGAAAUAGAUCCGCAAACGCAGUGUAAAUGUAAUUUCCUGAGUCUCAGUGAUUCAUUUUGUCAUAGUUUCCAUUUCAGGUUUCAACCGAAGGCUGCCUAUUGAGCAACAGCAUUUUAGUUUUUGAUGUGUUGUGUAUUUCUCAGGUGCAAGUUGUGCCUCUUAUUUGUAAUGUUUUCAUUGUAACGUAUUAUCUUUUAUUUUUCCCAGUGCUACGAUCGACUGCUUUGACUGCAUUUUUUGAAUUGGAGUUUGUGUUCAGGGAGCUACCAUAAGAGUCAUCAACAUAAAGCUUUAAAAGUAAUUGACAGUAACCUGCAGGAUACGUCCGUCCAGGCUUUAACACACCGAUUUGCUACUGAUUUUAUACUUCACUCUGCUGUGUGCGGAGACCAGCUUUCCUCUCCCUGCAUAUGUUUACGGAGUUAACUCAGUUAAUGGAGAAAAUGGAAUUUGAGUGUGUUUAGUUUUAGACAUCUGUCUUUUCUUAAAGCACUUACACAUGUGUCUUAAUGCAGCUGCUGCCUCAUACACUGAUGAGGGAGUGAGAGGUGUGAUCUUCUCACGAUGGUUUAACAAAGAAAAGAUGCACAUAAUUUGCAGCAUCAAAACACUGGAACAUGAAUUCAUUCACUUUUUAUUUAGACUUUGCUGUAUUGUUCAUACCCACACUCAGCAAGCACAAAUAUUCUUAUUAUAAGCAUCUGUAGAGGACAGAGAGAUUAAAUUGUCUUGCUUAAGAGCCUGUUUGUAAACUUCAAACGUGUGGCAUUAAUGCAGCGUUCAGGCCUGAUGAGAAGAUCACAUCAUGUGCUCCUGCUAAUAUGAGUAUAAUGUUGCACUUUUGGCAGCCUAUAGAAAAUAGUCUUAAAACAAACAAACAUGUGCAGCAACUAAAGAGUUUGCUCUGAUUUUAGGUGCAGCUGUAGCUCAGAGAGGGACUGUCUGCCACAGAUAUCCUUCACUGAGAAAAUAUAAAGCUUUUUUUAACAAAUCUGGAUAGUCUUCCGUGUAUUUAAUAGGCAAUUUGUGAUUGCCCUAACUUCAGGAUAGUCUUUUGUGUACACAAUAUAUAUAUUUCUGUGCUGUUUUUGAUAUCAAAUCUUAUAUUGUAAUACAGUUUCUGCUGUUUUUGUGAACCCUAACCAACCUAAAGUUUCAAAAAAAAAAAAAAAGUUUUAUCUGCUGCUUACUCAGUGACAGCUGGGCAUAAGGAGCUUUUGUAUCAGGACACUGCAAUAGUGAAUACAGUUUUUUGUGUAGUAUUUUUGUAUAAGUAUUUUGCUUUUAGUUUCAAAGGUGUGUGUGUGCGGGGAGGUGGAAGACAAAUUAUCAUCAUUUGACCAAAUAAAAGCUAAAACAAUUAUUACAUCAAUAUGUUUUGGAAAAACACAAGGAAAGUCUUUUUUAUGCAUUAUCAUGUUUUGCACAUUUAUGUGUAGAAAUAAUAAAAUCUAUAAUGACUCUUGAAACUGA